AUUGUCUCCAAGUGCAAAACACCGUUCGUUGAGGGUCACAAAAAUCUUAUAGCUAUAAAACCAAAAUUUUAUCCUUUAAAAAUAAAGACGGAAAACAAAUUCCAUUAGAAACUCCUUGAAGGUCAAAAUAGGAGUUGAGAUCCCAUCCAAAUACUUUGUUUCUCCUUUUCUAUGUUAGCUGUCUACUGAAAUCCAGCACCAUACGUGGAUUGCGCGUACCAAGUUUGAAAGAAAAAGUUGGAACGCUUACCGUUGAUAGUUUGUUGCGAUUUUCUAGUGGAAACAAGAGCUGGUGAGAGAGUUUGUUUCGUGGGUGACGAGCACAAUUAAGAGAAAAAGUCUAUAAAAGACUUUUUGCUAGUUUUAUUUCAAAGGGAAACCUGGUUUUAGCCAGUUGGAUAGGCUUUUUUACUGUAUAGCAUAUCGUUUCCAAGAACAUGCGUCGCGGUGCUCGUGGAAAUGUGAACCUGGGAGGUAUGACUUGGCAGGAAGUGCUGGAGUUUAAUGCUCGCACAGGUCCUACAAAGCUGUAUCCUGAUCGAGAUCUCCCUAUUCAACGAUCAAUUCGUCCUCAAGAGUUACUAGAGAUUCGGUUUCUUAACGAAAUUCGAAACUCGUUUGUCCAAGAAAGUGCAUUUUAUAUUAGACGUGAGAAAGCAAAUACAACCCCAGUGAACGAUGAUGGACUUGUACGAUACAGUGAUCGGAAUAAACCUAAACGAAAGAACGAAAACCUGCGACUCAGCGAUUUAGAUCUGGACCCAAAGUAUUUUCCUGAAGAACUCCGCAAGACGUUAGGAGCCGAAAGUGGAAUUAAGAAGAGAGCUAGACGGAAGUUGGAUAUGAAGACGUUCAUCGAUUUCACCAUUAAUACCGAAGAUUUGAAGGACGACGCUCCUGAAGCCGCCGAUGCUACCAACGAAGAAGUGCCUGAAGAGGUAGAAGAUGAAGAUGAAGACUUUGGCGAUGAUGAUGAAAACGACUAUGGUGAAAAUUACUUUGAUAACGGUGAAGGAGAUGACUUUGAGGAUUAUGAAGGAGACGAAGGCGGCGUCUUUGAUUAGGUCAUUGUCGUCGAUUUCUCUUCUUAAUAACGCUUCCUUCCAUUAUAGUUUUAUUUUUGUCUUUGAUUUUGGUUGAUUCAUGGAAAGUUUGGAUAUCUGCAUUCGAAGUUCGGGUAAUGGUUGUUUCAAUACACUAGGUAAAUGGAAAACCCACUGGGACAGUUGGUUAAAAAAUGUAUAUAAUAAAAAAAUUUGAUUCCAUUUCAUCUUAGAAUGUCUGCAAAUAUUCAUUUCACUACGAC